GGAACUACUACAUUGCAUCCAAACAUGAUCACAGGCACGGCUCAGCUGGACGGCUGCAUCCUGGUGGUGGCGGCGACAGACGGACAGAUGCCCCAGACCAGGGAGCACCUCCUGCUGGCCCGGCAGAUUGGCGUGGAGCACGUGGUGGUGUUUGUGAACAAGGCGGAUGCGGUGGAGGACAAGGAGAUGCUGGAGCUGGUUGAGCUGGAGAUCAGAGAGCUGCUCACAGAGUUUGGCUACGACGGUGAGAACACGCCCGUCGUCAUCGGCUCGGCCCUCUGUGCCCUGGAGAACAAACAGCCUGACCUGGGGGUGAACGCAGUGCUGAAGCUCCUAGAGAUAGUGGAUGAAUACGUCCCUCUGCCCAAGAGAGAGCUGGAGAAGCCCUUCCUGCUGCCUAUCGAGGGAGUCUACUCGAUCCCAGGCAGGGGUACGGUGGUGACUGGCACUCUGGAGACGGGCAUCAUUAAGAAGGGCGACGACUGUGAGUUUGUGGGGCACAACCGUGCCUUCAAGUCUGUGGUCACUGGCAUUGAGAUGUUCCACCAGUCUCUGGACAGAGCAGAGGCAGGAGAUAACCUGGGGGCUCUGGUCCGAGGGCUGAAGAGGGAUGACAUUAGGAGAGGGAUGGUGAUGAGCAAACCAGGCUCCAUCCAGCCCCACCAGAAAGUCCAGGCCCAGGUCUAUGUUCUGAGUAAGGAGGAGGGGGGCAGACACAAGCCCUUUGUCAGUAACUUCAUGCCAGUCAUGUUCUCACUCACCUGGGACAUGGCCUGCAGGGUCUGCCUGGCAGGAGACAAGGACAUGGUGAUGCCAGGUGAAGACACAUCUCUGACCCUCACGCUGCGCCAGCCUAUGAUUCUGGAGAAAGGUCAACGGUUCACUCUCAGAGAUGGCAACAAAACUAUUGGCACCGGCCUGGUUACUGACAUACUGACCACCACAGAGGAAGACCAACACAACUGGGGCUGAGGAGAGAGGAGGAGGAGAGAUGGGAGGGGGACUAAUGAUGGGGAAGGAAGUAUCUGUCCAAUAUAUCGGUCUUUAGACACACACACACACACACACACACACACACACACACACACACACACACUCUGCAGUAAGCAGCUGCUGAGACUGCAUGUCUCUCUGCUUUACUGACCAACCAGAAGACCCACAAUGAGAUGUUCAAAGUUGUCUUUCUGUGAAAAGGCCAAACUGUCAUUGUUCGCUUGUGAAAUAAAAUGUAUUUAAUA